AUGAGCCAGCAAAAGCGCCUUUCUGAUUAUUCCCUCGAGGAACUGGAUGUGUUGUUGAAGUAUGGACGAUUGGGGUCAAGUGCCACAGGCUGCAAGAGCAGCAUUGCAACUGUGCGCGAGAUUCUGACCAAAGAUGUACUCUUGUCCAAAGCUCAGCUUGCUAACAAAGGAGAAGAGCAAUUUUCAUCAGAUUAUGCCAUGUUUCUGUUGCGUCAACAUCCAAAAUUGGUGACAGAAUCCUUUUCCGGGGAAACAGUGCUUUCCUAUUUCUUGCGACAUGGUGCUUCGUCUACUGCAACAAUUCAGGAACUGUGCAACAUGUGGAAAAUCUAUCAAUCCUCACGGUGA